UUUGUUGGUUUUUGCACAGAGAAUGGCGGGAGUUGUAUGCGCCUGCAUAACAACUAGGAACAACUUUUCACCUGUUCUUUGAUGUGAUUCCAUACCCCCGGCAUUUGGAUGCGCAUGAAAUUUGGUGCCGUGACUUGGAUUGGGGGACCUCCCUUGGGAGAUCAAUCCCCUGUCCUCCUGCUCUUUGCUCCAUGAGAAAGGUCCACCUAUGACCUCAAGUCUUCAGACUGACCAGCCCAAGAAACAUCUCACCAAUUUCAAAUCCGGACCCCACUGAAAAUUGGACUGUUCAACUCACCUGGCAGCCACUUCCAGAGCCCCUAGAACUCUGGCCCAAGGCUCUCUGACUGACUCCUUCCCAGAUCUUCUUGGCUUAGCAGCUGAAGACUGACACUGCCCAAUCGCCUCAGAAGCCUACAGGACCAUCACAGACACUCUGAGUAACUCUCACAGUAGAAAGAGGCGGCGACGGCGGCGGCGGGGGCAGAGGAAGAGAAAGAAGCGUCUCCAGCUGAAGCCAAUGCAGCCCUUCGGCUCUCCGCGAAGAAGGUCCCUGCCCCAAUGAGCCCCCGCCGUGCGUCCCCGACUAUCCCCAGGCGGGCGUGGGGCACGGGGCCCAGCGCCGACGAUCGUUGCCGUUUUGCCCUUGGGAGUAGGAUGUGGUGAAAGGAUGGGGCUUCUCCCUUACGGGGCUCACAAUGGCCAGAGAAGAUUCCGUGAAGUGUCUGCGCUGCCUGCUCUACGCCCUCAAUCUGCUCUUUUGGUUAAUGUCCAUCAGUGUGUUGGCAGUUUCUGCUUGGAUGAGGGACUACCUAAAUAACGUUCUCACUUUAACUGCAGAAACGAGGGUAGAGGAAGCAGUCAUUUUGACUUACUUUCCUGUGGUUCAUCCGGUCAUGAUUGCUGUUUGCUGUUUCCUUAUCAUCGUGGGGAUGUUAGGAUAUUGUGGAACGGUGAAAAGAAAUCUGUUGCUUCUUGCAUGGUACUUUGGAAGUUUGCUUGUCAUUUUCUGUGUAGAACUGGCUUGUGGCGUUUGGACAUAUGAACAGGAACUUAUGGUUCCAGUACAAUGGUCAGAUAUGGUCACUUUGAAAGCCAGGAUGACAAAUUAUGGAUUACCUAGAUAUCGGUGGCUUACUCAUGCUUGGAAUUUUUUUCAGAGGGAGUUUAAGUGCUGUGGAGUGGUAUAUUUCACUGACUGGUUGGAAAUGACAGAGAUGGACUGGCCCCCAGAUUCCUGCUGUGUUAGAGAAUUCCCAGGAUGUUCCAAACAGGCCCACCAGGAAGAUCUCAGUGACCUUUAUCAAGAGGGUUGUGGGAAGAAAAUGUAUUCCUUUUUGAGAGGAACCAAACAACUGCAGGUGCUGAGGUUUCUGGGAAUCUCCAUUGGGGUGACACAAAUCCUGGCCAUGAUUCUCACGAUUACUCUGCUCUGGGCUCUGUAUUAUGAUAGAAGGGAGCCUGGGACAGACCAAAUGAUGUCCUUGAAGAAUGACAACUCUCAGCACCUGUCAUGUCCCUCAGUAGAACUGUUGAAACCAAGCCUGUCAAGAAUCUUUGAACACACAUCCAUGGCAAACAGCUUUAAUACACACUUUGAGAUGGAGGAGUUAUAAAAAGAAAUGUCACAGAAGAAAACCACAAACUUCUUUUAUUGGACUUGUGAAUUUUUGAGUACAUACUAUGUGUUUCAGAAAUAUGUAGAAAUAAAAAUGUUGCCAUAAAAUAACACCUAAGCAUAUACUAUUCUAUGCGUUAAAAUGAGGAGGGAAAAGUUUCAUGUCAUAAGUCACCACCUGGACAAAAAUUGAUGCCCUUAAAAUGCAGAAGACAGAUGUCAUACCCACUGUGUAGCCUGUGUAUGACUUUUACUGAACACAGUUAUGUUUUGAGGCAGCAUGGUUUGAUUAGCAUUUCUGCAUCCAUGCAAACGAGUCACAUAUGGUGGGACUGGAGCUAUAGUAAAGGUUGACUUACUUCUACCAACUAGUAUAUAAAGUACUAAUUAAAUGCUAACAUAGGAAGUUAGAAAAUACUAAUAACUUUUAUUACCCAGUGAUCUAUUCUUUUGAUGCUAAAUAAAUUAUAUAUCAGAAAACUUUCAAUAUUGGUGACUACCUAAAUGUGAUUUUUGCUGGUUACUAAAAUAUUCUUACCACUUAAAAGAACAAGCUAACACAUUGUCUUAAACUGAUCAGGGAUCUAUUUGUAUAUAAGUCUGUGUUAAAUCUGUAUAAUUCAGUCGAUUUCAGUUCUGAUAAUGUUAAGAAUAACCAUCAUGAAAAGGAAAAUUUGUCCUGUAUGGCAUCAUUAUUUUUAGCCUUUCCUGUUAAUAGAGCUUUAAUAUUCUGUCCUGGGCUUAUAUUACACAUAUAACUGUUAAUUUAAAUACUUAACCACUAAUUUUGAAAAUUACCAGUGUGAUACAUAGGAAUCAUUAUUCAGAAUGUAGUCUGGGCUUUAGAAAGUAUUAACAAGAAAAUUUGCACGUAACUUAGUUGAUUCAGAAAGGACUUGUAUGCUGUUUUUCUCCCAAAUGAAGACUCUUUUUGACACUAAACACUUUUUAAAAAGCUUAUCUUUGCCUUCCCAAACAAGAAACAAUAGUCUCCAAGUCAAUAUAAAUUCUACAGAAAAUAGUGCUUUUUCUCCAGAAAAAUGCUUGUGAGAAUCAUUAAAACGUGACAAUUUAGAGAUUCUUUGUUUUAUUUCACUGAUUAAUAUACUGUGGCAAAUUACACAGAUUAUUAAAUUUUUUACAAGAGUAUAGUAUAUUUAUUUGAAAUGGGAAAAGUGCAUUUUACUGUAUUUUGUGUAUUUUGUUUAUUUCUCAGAAUAUGGAAAGAAAAUUAAAAUGUGUCAAUAAAUAUUUUCUAGAGAGUAA